GACAUCACAUGAAACUGCAUUGCUGUUGCUUUUAUAAAGCAACCCACUCAGGCGAUCAGUAUACACUUGUGAGGCGAAUUUGUGUGUUAGUGCUCAUCUAAAUGAUUAAGACUAUAUUAAAUUAACGCGUAUCAGAAUAUGCACAUGGGAAAAUCACUGUCAGAGCAGGCGUCAUCUAAACCAUACCAGGGUGUGAGAGUUAAAGACCCUGUGAAAGAGCUGCUACGCAGAAAGAGAGGAAAUACAGUUAAAACAUUGCCCCCAACAGCAGUGGUGAUUCCCAACAAUACUUUGCCAUCAUAUACACAUGUUGGGUCUUCUGGUUUCCCAGGAAGCAGCAGAAGUGCUCUGAAUGAAUCAGCUAUAGAUGUUGGUGCGCUGUGUCCUGGUUGGGUUGCUCAGCCCAGCAGCACAGCUGCAUUUCAGCCCCUGGGGCACUGGGCUCCUACUGACUAUUUCCAACAUGAGCAGACCCUCUCCACCCUCCCCUCCGCUACAAGUGAUAUGUACGUUCAGCCUGUGUGUCCCAGCUAUGCAGUGGUGGGCCCGUCCUCUGUUCUCACUCUUGCCCACGCCCCUCUUUUUACCAACCUCGGGACCAUAAGCUCCUCGAGCUCAGGCCUGCCCCAGAUAGAUGUCCAAGAUGGCUCACUGGCAUACAUUCCAUGGGCCCCACCCUUGUCCCCCUGCCCACAGAAUGUGGCCCCCCAGCUCCUACCCAUGCCUGUGCCUGUGCCUGAACCAGUACAUCAGCAGCAGGAACCUGCUCCAUCCUCAGAGGGCACCCUAGCUUUGGAGAAACUUCUGGAAGAAGAGGAGGAAGAUCAGAAAGAGCCCUAUACCUGCAGUCCAUCACUGUUUACACCAGACAUUUAGAAUGCCCCAAUCCACUUUUAUUAUCUGCUGUUAUACGCACUGAAAAAUCACAUAUGAAGUAUGGAGUCUUUCCACCUUAUGCCUUACUAAUGUAACUCAUAUAUUCAUUAUUUUAUUCAUAUACAUAUAUUAAUCAUGUCUUUAUAGUUGUUCAUAAAUGUGCCUUAUUGUAUAUAGAAAGCUUUAUCAUUCAUUUAUUUGCCCACAAAUAUAUCCCAUACUUCCAGACACUGUAUGAAGACGUAUUUUCUUAGGCAUUAAGGAUUCCAGUGAAACCAUCCCUGUCUAGUGUUUGGGGGAAACAAAAUAUUUUCUGCAGAGACUUUUAUCUUAUUAUCUUGACAUAGCCAUUGUCUAUUAUCUAAGGGUGCCAGCUUUAUCUUGUGUUCCCACAACAUUUUUAUGGCCAUAGUCGUCAGCCCUACACCUGCUCUUCAGCUGUCACCUUAACCCAGCUUUCAUUGUAGGCAACUUAUAGUAAAGCACAAUUAAAGGCAAUAAAUAAAUAGCUAUUGA